GGUUUCGUCAGACAAGCGAUUGGAUAAAAACCCGCCGCGAAGAAUUUGUGGUAUUUGAAACUUAUGUUGUUGAAUGCGUUUGGAAAUUUUUUAUUCUUGAACCUAUUAUCGUUGUUGUGAACUUAUUUGCUAAUAUUUUCGUUACUUAAAGGUACAUUUAAGGUGACAAAGGGAAUACGAUAAAUAGCAGCAUGUCAAUCUUAAUAAGGCGAAGUGCUCCGUUCGUCCGUAAUUUUGUAUCGAAGUUCUGUGGAUCUUUAUGUCCGGAAAAUAAUAUUGGUGUACGAUAUUACUGGAGACGCCGGAAUGCAUUUUCGGAGCUUUCGUCUGCUGUGCAAGCGCUUGAAGAUAGCGUACGAGAUAUGGACCGAGAGAUGAACCAACUUUUUAGCAAUAUCCAACGGGCUAGUCCCUUCAGAAUUCCGCAGUUGUUUUCACCAUUUGAGUGGGGUCGUGCAAGAGAAAUUCCAGUAAUAUCUUCAGAUGCUGAUGGCAGAAGAUAUAAAGUGGAGAUGGAUAUGCAAGGUAUGGCACCAGAAGAUAUUAAGAUAACCUUGAAGGAUCAAGAGCUUACUGUAACUGCUCGAAGAAGUGAAAAACGAGAUGAUGGUUCACGGUAUGAGCAUGAGCACAGUUACCAUUACACUUUGCCCAAGGAAGUGGAUGUAGAUACCAUUAGGUCAUCAUUAACAGAUGGUGUACUUACUAUUGAAGCGCAGUUACCUGCACUGGAAGCAAAGGAAAUUCCUGUGACUAUAGAAAGUAGUUCAGGUUCCGAAAACAAGGCUGAUGAUGGUGUCUCCAAAAAGUAAGAUUUCUUAUGGAACAUUUUUGUUUUAGUUUGUUAAUAGGAACUAUAAAUUUGAAUGCUAAAUGUUGUAUUCUUUUUCAUCUGUGAAGUUCUACUCAUUUCAUUUGUCCUCUGAAACUUCAGCUUCAAUAAAUUUUUUUAAGUA